GCUGGACGCCUUGUUGCCAUAUUGUUGUCUAUCGUGAUCUAUAGUGUCACUUUGGUGGUCAACGCUCUUUCUGUUAUGGGAAUAGGACCCUUCAGUACCACCACAGGCAACGUGUCUGAUGUUUUUGUGACGGAGGUCACCCCGUCGGGAUGGACCUUCAGUAUAUGGAGCGUUAUCUACGUGUGGUUGACAUUCGUGAUUAUCUACUUCCUGGCUAACCUUUGCAGAAAGAAUGCUUACGGCUAUGUUUACUGCAGUCCCCCAGUCUUUCCUUACGGAUUCUUUAUUUGCUGGUGUCUCAAUCUGUGCUUCAAUAUCGCCUGGCUGCUUGUUUGGGACCGAGCGUGGAUGAUUGCCGCGCUUGUUUUCCUAAUUCUGGUUGCUGGCACAAACUAUGGCAUGAUCUCUUUUGCCUGUCAUGGUCUUCACGUUUAUGGAGCCUGGCUCAAGGAAUACCACAAAGUGGACCUGUUGCUCAUUCGCAUACUGGUUCAAAAUGGUGUGAUGAUCUACACAGCAUGGACAACCAUUGCCACGCUCAUCAACUUGGCCAUUGUGCUGACCUAUACAGCAGAUGUGUCUCCCACAAAUGCUGCCACAGUGUGCUAUUGUAUUUUGACUUUCAUGCUACUUGCUUGGUUUUUCCUGCAGAAUGUAUUCCUUGACAAGCACAUGCGCUACGUCCUCAUUGACUACCCAGUUGUUAUCUGGGCGCUGGCAGGAAAUCUUGAUAAAAACUACAUUGCCGAAUCCCCGAGCCGUAGUGGCAUCUUCAUUGUUGUGCUGCUAGUAGCAGCGGUGUUGCUAUACAUCAUCCGCCUUGUCCUGGUGAUUUGGCGCCACUGCAAGCAGCCACUGUAUAAUGGCAUCAGCCUGGAAUCCAUGGACCCAAUGGAGAUUAACCAGCAGCAAAAAAGGGCAUUGAGAUGA